UAUAAACUUUAAAGGUUUUGAAACUGAAAGUUAGAACAAACUGCGUGUUUUUCCUACCAAAAAGACAGCUUAUUCAUACAAGAAAUAUUACUUUUGGGUAUACUAGAAGACAGACGAUGAAGAUGUAGAACUAAUUCUUCCUAUCCGGCACCGUAAAUCAAUUCAGCUUGGUUAUAAUACAGAUUUAACAMUCCAACGCUUCAUUGCUUGACCGUUUGAAUACUCGGAGACUUCUUCACUAAAUCGUUACGAAAUGGKCAAAGGUCUUUUAGUAAUUGUUGGAGUACUUAUUUUCGGUUUUUCUGCCGCAAAGGAGGCCACCGAAGAAUCAAUUUUGAGAAAACGUUCCUGCGAGCAAUGCAAAGUUGACCUUGGUAGCAGUGCUGGAAGGGAAAUGAACAAGAAAGGUUCUUCUGAAAGAUGCGUGUGCGCAGAGCAGGAGACUGUAAUCCACAGAAAAGUGCGAUCUGUAGAYGAUGGUAACAUAACAGCGGCAAACGAUGGAAACAAGAGCGACAGCGAAACUAAAGGAAAGAACUGGAAUACACAUAGAGAUUGUCGUGAGUAUAUCAAACGCAAAAAACAAGAAUACAAUGGCMUACCACCUAAAGUAGAAACUGGAGAUGUCAAUAUCGAUGCUAUGAACGCAACGAUCACGAAACAUGGCGCUCAUUGGAUGGCUAAUGUCACGUGGGAUCCUCCAAACAAUAUCCCAGAGGUACCACCAUAUCCAAAACGGUCACCGAUCGUCUUUGAUCAAGUYGAUUCUGUUCACAUGAACGAGAUUGGAUUCAACAUGUGGGUGGACAAGCAGAUCCUUGAAGCCAAGAAAUACAUCGUUUUCUGCAGCCCUGGAUACGUACGACUCUGGCAGUCCUUAGCAACAAGUGCAGUGGACAAUAAACUUAGUCACGUGAAUAAAGAAGACCUAGUGCGCGUGCGCUAUGAGAUCAAAAGGAUCUCUGACGUCUACUCCGAAAAYUGCUCUACGUCACGUAUUGUUUGUGUCAAAAUGGAUCCCAAAAUGACCACAAAGCAGCUCCCCCCUUGGAUGAACCAUAAUAUGCUACAAUGGCCCGAACAAAAGGAAGACGUCAUUCGUCGACUGAAUGAUCAGGCUGCCAUGGUGAUGCAUAUGUGACGUGUAUAUUACGUCAUUAUUACGUAAUGAGAACUUCUACUUCCUCCUCAGUAAUGACUGAAGUAGUUUCACUUGGACUCAUUGCAUUCUUUAAUCUUCUCAAAGUACAAACUUGCACAGUCAACCUUGGUGAUUAGUUUAUAAAAAUAGCGAAUUCUGCUAUCAUGGUUAUGAAAGAAAUCUUUUCAAGAGAACCUUUCGUAAUGUGAUUUAAGGAAAACUUUCAGCAAAUAUURAUCGUURAAAGUUCUUCAGUARCAUGGUGAAUGUACAAAGAAAUGSGCGAGUGWGGCCWGAAUGUAUAGCAAUUUUCCUUCCCGUUUYUAGGCUGCGUAGCCAUAAGGGGACUGGGGUGGKCUCAGAGGAGACUGGGGAUUGUCCUCCGAAAUCUCYGYUCGGCCCUCCCCAUUCCCCUUACGGMCGCUACUCCGGCUAUCCCAUUUCCAGUGAAAAGAGAUUUAGUACAACUCAGAAAACUAUAUUUACAAGGGAUAUUUCCAUUAAUCUGAGAUAUUUUGUAUUUUCAGAUAGACUUAUUAUCUUAUGAAUCAAUUUCUYGAAUCAAAUUAGACAAAAAAUGGAAAAAUAGGGGGUUUACAUGGAUUUUAGAAUUUGCAUAUUGUUCUUUUAAAACUGCUUUGCUCGACAAGGGAUUAUUUCUCCCUAUAAAACGUAUACAGCAUAUCUAUUGCAAUUUUACUGUAAAAGUUGUUUUCUAAAAGUUGGAAAUAGCAAAGGAAAUAUGCGUUAGACUAUUCCAUAAGUCGGUCCCAGUGCGCUUCUCGAUUGUUUAUUUAUUUUUUGGUCGAUCACGUAUACUGUUGUUUUAGCAAGUUUAAGUGACAAAUCAAAGAAGCAAAAUUUAC